UCGCGCUAGUUCCACUGGAUCCCUCCAUGGAGGCGUGGACACGACAAUCCAAGAUACCCCAACGAUACUCGUAUUGGGAAUAACCCAACUACGGGAUGACGAGGACUCGGAUGGAGGUUCGCAUCCUAUGAAUGUUUGGUGCAAAUGGUGGAUCGGCUUCAAGUGGAGCUCGUUCCUCGUCCACGUCGGUUUCGUACAAGGAACGCCGUCGCGAAGCUCACACACGCAAGCGGAACAAGCGGAGGGAUGCGAUCAAGAAAGGCUACGAUUACUUGCAAGAUCUUGUGCCUGCUUGUCAACAAGUGGACUCCGCUGGUCAUAAGGUCAGCAAGGCCACCGUCCUACAAAAGUCCAUUGAUUACAUCCAAUUUGUGCAACAGCAAAAGAAGAAGCAAGAAGACGAUCUGUCCCUAUUGAGAAAGGAGGUCAUUGCUCUUCAGAUAAUGAGGGCUAAUUACGAACAAUUGGUCAAAAGCCCAUCAGUCGCAGCCAUCAAGCCUCGGAGGAUUUCGUGCCAAGUGAGGUCAAGUUCCAGACGUUUCAGCUCUUAA